AUGGCCCAUGUACCGGACUAUCACCACCAGAGCAACCCCUUCCGAAGCACAUGUACGGUAGCCAGCAGCUCACGAGCGAGCUUCCCGAACGCAGGGGUGUACGGCAGCCCCAGACCGUCCAUCCCGCAUUCCUCGCACGAGACGGCCUCCUCUGCGGGGCACGAUAGACUCCCAAGUGCAUAUCCUCCUUCGCCGGAGACAGCUUACGCGCCGGACAACUUCCCUGUAUAUGCUGGACGUCCUGAUAAGGGAGCUCCAUCGCAAUACACUUCGGCUAACCAUGACGGUAACCUCGGCCCACGCCUCCAGCCAAAGCAACAGGGCAACCCGACGAGAGAUCCGGAGAAAGAGGCCGGAGCAUCUUCAGCCGAUAUGUUCUUGCGACAAGGCAUGCCGCCUGCGGGACGCUCCAGCAGCUCAAGCCUCACGUACGGACAAGACGACGAUGAAGACGAGGGCGACAUCCUGGAAGACAAGGCCCUGACGGUACUCCUCCACCUCUGCGGCUUUUCCUGCCUCCUCUCCACCGCCAUCGUGUUUUGGACACUCCUCUCAGUCAUCCUCGCCCUCCUACUCCAACCGGCCCGCCUCUGCAGCUUUCGCCCAAGCUUCCGCGACCAGCUAGUCAGAUUCCUCGAUCCAGCAAUGAAGAUGCAGCUCCGUUGCAUAUACUCCGCACCCGAAUCGACUUCCUAUAGCGUACCUCUGCUUCUCAUUAUCAACAUCUUUUCUCCGCUCGUGUCCGCUGCACUGGCCAUAGCAGCAUGGGUAGCCGCUACCUUCUGGUUCUUCUCCGCCAUGUUAGGGGAUCCGGCCGGAAAGGACGGCCAUAAUGACGGCAAAGCGGCCGUCCUCGGCAUCCGGAGGUGGUGGGAGCAGUGGCUCUUGAGGGCGUUACGGUGA